AUGGCUGAGCCUUCUACCAAGGAAUGGAUCCAGUCCCUCGUUGAGCCUGGUCUGCUCCUCUUCUGGGCCAUGAGCUGUAUUAUUCCCAAGCCGAUAUUGCAUCGGACAAGGCAAGAUAUGGCUGACGUGGUUACAGACUACGUAAGAGUCAACUUCGAGGCGGUGUUCAAGCGCGGACAGGUGCUUGCCCCAUUCCUGCAGACCAGCAAGCUACGCGAUGAAGCCUUUAUGAGCUACGCCCUCCGUUCCCAUCAGUCAAAAUGGCCCCCUAAGAACAACCGCAUCGUAAGACUGACCCGAUCUACAGCGACCCUCGUUGAGGGGCCACCAUCGACACCUGGUGCAGACUCAGCCCCGACGCGCAUCCAAGCCGCGUCGGAUCUCAUCCCGGGCGUGCUGGCGCGCGCCUCGGGGGUAGUGCUUGACGUGGGGCCCGGUACGGGCACGCAUAUGCCCCUCCUGCAGUCGCCGGCCAUCAAAGCGAUCUACGGUGCCGAGCCGUGCGUCGGGCUGCACGCAGAGCUCCGCGCGCGCGUCGAGGCCGAGGCCCUCGUGGACAAGUACCGCAUUGUGCCGAGCAGCGUGGCCGCGGCGGACCUUAUACCGGCACUGGAGAAGCAGAGUCUGUCGGUGUCGGACAGCGGUGCUGGCGUCUUUGAUACGAUCAUCUGCGUGCGUGUGUUGUGCUCCGUGCCGGAUAUGCAGCGCACCGUCUGCGAGCUGUACGGCUUGCUGCGGCCUGGCGGGCAGCUCCUCGUCGUUGAACAUGUGGUGAACCCGUGGCGGACGGCGAAGGGCUCGGUGGUCGCUCGUGUGAUGCAGGCGGUCUACGGGUUCCUUGGGUGGAGCUGGUAUGUCGGCGAUUGCUGCUUGAAUCGCGAUACGGAGACGGCCUUGCGUGAGGCAGCCGAGGCUGACGGUGGGUGGGAGUCUGUUGAGUUGGACCGGUGGUUUGGACGGUCUGUGUUGCCGUAUGUUUCUGGGGUAUUGGUUAAGAGGGGGGGUAUAAACAUUGUCAUUUCAAAAGCAUCGGAUAAGACUGCAGUAAAGGGUAUCAUGGAGGCUGAGGUUUUGGUCGUCCCGGCGGCCAAAAGUCAAACAGAUACAAUGCCUCGGACGUCCAUGGUCCUUGGUCCUCGGCUUCGCUAUCUACAUUAUUCGGUCCACUUCGGUACGAUUUAG